CCUUCCCCCUAUUUUCGUUCGCCGCAAGCAGCCCCUUAAACCAAAACAGCGCUCAAAAAGCGUGAUAGAGGCAAGUGCAAUAAAAGCAUUCACGGAACACGGACACGUUAUUUGGACACGGGACAGGAAUAUACAUAUAUAGUCACCGUCAUCGUAAAUUGAGAGUCCGAGACGCAGACGACGUUUGCAAUUUGUUAAUACAACAACAAUAACAACCACAACAACAAACAGAAAGCAAUCCGCACACACAAAACCCAAAAAGCUUUUAACAAAAUGGGCAAAAAAGACAAGAACAAGGAACAGGCGGACGCUGCAGCAGCUGGCGAUGCACCACCAACCGACGGCCCACCAGCCGGUGAGGGAGGCGAUGGUGAGAUUGUGGGCGGACCACGCAACCCGCAGCAAAUUGCGGCACAAAAGCGCUUGCAACAAACGCAGGCCCAAGUCGAUGAGGUUGUUGAUAUAAUGCGCACGAAUGUCGAGAAGGUGCUGGAGCGAGAUGCCAAGCUCUCGGAGCUGGACGAUCGUGCCGAUGCUUUACAACAAGGCGCCUCGCAAUUCGAGCAACAGGCGGGCAAACUGAAGCGAAAAUUCUGGUUGCAGAAUUUGAAGAUGAUGAUCAUCAUGGGCGUGAUUGGACUGGUUAUUGUGGGCAUUAUAGCAAAUAAACUUGGCCUCAUUGGGGGCGAUCAACAGCAGCCGCCGCCAUAUUAUCAACAAUAUCCACCAUACAGGCCACCAGCACCAGGAGCCGGUGCACCCGCCCCUGGAGAACAGUCGGCACUGGUUGAUCAUGCAGCAGAUGGUGGCGCCGCAGCAGGGGGUGGGGCAGCGGCUGAGCCGGGGCACGGUGGCGUAUAAGUAAUUAAUUACGUAUACUAAAGCCAAAACAGAAGAAUGUUUCUUGAUUACCAACAAAAAAAAGUCAAAUGAAAUCUAAAAACAAACACAAAAGAAAAAAAAAACAAAACUCAGUUACACUAGAAAAUCUCGAGAAUUGCAGAAAACAAAAGAAAAAGAAAAACACAUAAUAAUUUCUACGUAAACUUGUACGAAGAUUGCAAAAGAUGAAGAGAUUGCGACAAAACAUUUUAAGUAAAAAUUAUGACUCAUAAUAUUAAUAAAUAAAUAUAAUAAAAAUCUAAAAGACGCUCCGGACAAAUUAAAGUUGUUGCUAAUUUGUUUAUGGUUACAUUAUUUCAUGCAUAUACUUAUAUAUAAAUAAAUAUAUAUCUAUAUAUAAACUAUAUGUAUAUAGUAUGCAUUAUGCAUAAACUAUAUAUAAUAUACAUACAUAUAUUGUACUUAAUACUAACUUACCCUCUGUGCUGGCAACAAGGAGCGCCAGCCCCAGGCCAAUGUUCAGGUUGCUUCCCAGCAUUUUCGCAUUCGCAGCUCUUUGAACUCAGUUUCCUUAGCUAAAAAAAAACCAAACCCAAAUAAAAAAACUUUCGGAACACACUUUCGAACAAACAUUAGACAAAAAUCUAAGCUUUUGUUCCUAACUAAAACGAAACAAAAAAGUUACCAGAAACUAAAGAAAUAUUUGACAUGUAUAAUCCACAAAAACGUAAAAGAUAAACAGAGGAGAAUAGAGGAGGAUAAACUUAUCUAGAAAUAAAUGUAUUACUGUGCAAAAAAAACAAAAACAUAUUUAAAAACAAAAUGAAGGCAAUGUAGUCAAAUGAAAAGAAGAUUGAACAACAACCAAAACAAAAAACAAAAAUAUAAAGAGAGAGUUAGCAAAAAUAUACAAGAUAAUAAGUUGUUUAGUUGCGAUUUUCAGUUGAAGGAAAAGUCACAAGAGUAAAUGAAAUAAAUACCAAGCAGUUCAACGAUUAAAUUAAGCGCUUCUCACACAAUUUGUUGAUUAUAUCGUAUUUAAUUUGAACAAAAGAAACAAAACAGCAAAGGAAUUCUAUGUAUAUUUCAAUGUUAUGAAUAAUAAUAAUAAUAAUAAUAAUUAAUUAAACAGAAUAUAUAUUUGGCUAUUGAUUUUGAAAACAAAAUGGGAAUUACUUAGUGCAUAUAUAAAUAUAUACUAUAUAUAUAUAUAUACGUUACGAUUAUAUAGGGAUUACACUUCAUACUUCACUAUAUAAACAUUCGUAAAGAUCGAUGAAGAAAUUCGAAAUUGUAUGGCAAAAUUCGACACAGUUCUCUUAAUACUAGUAAUUGUAGUACUUGAAUUGUUCAACAACAACAAACAUUAACACUACAACAACUACUUUAAACAAUCAACGUAUUAACAAUUAAACAAGCGCCUGCCCAAAGUGCUUUGAACAAUGAAAUUAAUUCGGAAAACAUUAAUAAAUAUGAAAAAGAAAAGAAAACCAAUGUGCAGGUAUUUUAGCAAUAUUCGUAGCGUGUACAAUAUGUCGCCAAUUGCUUAAUAUACAUAAUUAUACUAGUAUUUUGUUCAAUUGUCAAUAACAUACAUACAUACAGAUACAGACACUCACACAUUCACACUUCACAUGCAUAUAAACAUUCAAGAACUAUGACUAAAUUUAUCUAAUAAAUACACAAUCAAAACAAAGCAAAACAAAAAA